AACGGAAUCGAGUGAAAUUCAUGUACGCCCUAACAGGCGUCCACUGAUUGGCUCCGGAUUCCGAUGUGUGUUUAAAAUCGAUUAAAAUAGGUGUGAUUUUUGCAAAAUAAAAAGGAUUCGGAUCGAAUGUUUUUGAACAGUUGUCCGUUUUUCGGGGGGAUCGAGUACAGUGACACAGAAUGGAGAAGAAGGAAUACAGACUCGUACUGCCUGUACCUAUGUAUCACAGCGACUACAACAUCUGGUCAGUAUUGAAGAACUGUAUCGGUAAGGAACUAAGCAAAAUCACAAUGCCCGUUGUUUUCAACGAACCGCUGAGCUUCCUUCAAAGGAUGACCGAAUACAUGGAGUAUUCUUAUCUUUUGAAACUCGCCUCGCAACAGCCCGAUCCACUUUCCAGGAUGACAUACGUUGUUGGUUUCGCUGUCAGUGCUCUGGCCUCCAAUUGGGAAAGACUGGGCAAACCUUUCAACCCUCUGUUGGGCGAGACCUACGAACUGGAACGAGAAGACUUCAAAAUCAUUUGCGAACAGGUCAGCCACCAUCCACCAGUGUCAGCCUUCCAUGCCGAACACGAGGACUGGCAGUUCCACGGAUCAAUCCAUCCGAAAUUGAAAUUCUGGGGCAAAAGCGUGGAAAUUCAACCUAAAGGUGUUGUCACCGUUGUUUUUCCCAAGCUGAAUGAAGCCUACAGUUGGAGCAACGUCCAGUGCUGUGUACAUAAUAUCAUUGUUGGAAAGUUAUGGAUGGAACAAUGUGGAAACAUGGAGAUCACCAAUUCAGCCACAGGUCACAAAGCCCACCUGACCUUUAAACCUGCCGGCUCUAACUCGAGGGAUCUUCAUAAAGUCGAAGGCUACAUUGCUGACAAGUUCAAACAUAAACUUCAGUACGUGUACGGCAAGUGGACCGAGUUCAUAAAAUGCGUGGACUACUCGACUUACGAAGAAUAUGCCAAAGAGCACUCACACAAGUUCAAGAAAGACGGUGACCGCAGCAAAAGUCCCAACGAUUCACCCUCCCACACAUCCAGGAAGGUGCUGCAGAAGCUCAAUAGUCUCAAAGUGUCGUCCUUUAAGUCGAACUCAACCGCACAAGAAAGCUUCGACGAGUCCGCCUCGUCCGAAUGUUCAGACGGAGCCGUGCCCAAAAGCGAUUCGACCCACUCGAUAGACAUACCAAACUCCACUCUCAUCUGGCAGGUCAAACCCAGGCCAGCUCAAUCCGACGACUACUACAAGUUCACCGUCUUCGCCAUGUCGCUGAACGAACUGGAGCACGGCAUGAGCAAAACCCUCUGUCCCACCGACUCAAGACUGAGACCGGACAUCAGGAAGCUGGAGCAGGGAGACAUAGACGGUGCGGCCAUCGAAAAAACGCGUCUCGAGGAGAAACAGAGGGACGUGAACAAACAUCGCAAGAACAAGAAGACCAACGAAUGGGCCCCCAGAUGGUUCCACCUCGGUGUUAAUCCCUAUACGAAGCAGGAGGAUUGGAUUUACAAUGGGAACUAUUGGAACAGGCAGUACGGCGAUGAUCCGGACAUAUUUUAAACACAUAGUAGAGCACUAGCUUUAGAUGGGUAUGUGCCAAAGCACACAAAUUCGUAGUAGGGCGCUUCACGCUUUAUAAAAAGCGCUAAAUUAAAAACCAUACAUAUGCAAUAACCUCUAUAGGCUGACCUUUGUUUCGAGUACAAAUUUUUACUUACAUUUAGUAGAACGGAGGCGCAGCGGAGAUAGAUAUCAUAUCAAUAGGAUGAUGAUCUAGGGCAUGAAGAUAGUUCACUCGGUGUAUAACUCAAUAUGUAUUAGAAUAUUGCUUUAUCCCCAAUGUGAGGUUUCUAGAAUUUAUGGGUUCCAUAUAUUGGAAUGGGAGAGUUUCAAUGAUCUUAUAAAAAAUACCUCUGUGGCAGAAAGAAUCCCAAAACAUAAAAAACUUUAAGUUUCAGUUUUCCUUUAUUAUAUGAAGAUGAGGUUAUUGAGUUUUAUUGUAUUGUAGAUUAUAAUGAGUAUUUAUUCAUUAAGAGUAUCCUUAAGAAAUUCCAAUAUAAAAAGAAAACAAUUUAUACAAUACAGAGUACGUCGUAUGUAAUGUAAAGAUGCACAACAUUAAUUAUAAAAUAUUAUAACACAUUUUAUGAUGAUGUUGUGGACUUUUACAUGAACAUUUUACUUUAUCAUAAAAAAUGUUUUUUACCAAUAAUCAUUAAUCAUUAGUUAAUGUGUUAAUCAUUAAAAUUAAGCUAAUUGUGUAAGGUACAGCACAUUUAAACUUUAUAUAGAAAAUUAGACGAACUAAUUUAAAUACAUCAUUGAUUUGUAAUUAACUUAAUUAUCCGAUAACCGCACAUACGUAGUUCAUACUAUGAUAAGUUAAGAACAAUAUUCGUUUAAUUUUCAUAACAAAGUUUAAAAUUAAAGAUAAAAAUUUCCUCCUCUUUGUAUUAAUUAGUUAGUAUAACUUCUUCUGCUGUCCAUAUUUUAUAAUUGCCAAAUGGUGCUGUCAAUAUUAUGAAUAAAAUAAUUGAAUUGUAUAUUUUAUGUAAUUAUAUAUAUAUUGGAUUUAUAUAAUUGUUACUUUGUUAUCAAAUCACUGAAUUGUCAGUGUUUUUGUUUAUAGGGAGACGCCUAAAUUUGUUAAUUAUAUAAAUGAAUUUAAUAAACUUUCCUAUGUAUAAUAUUGUUAAAUGGAGGUGUUUUUGACAAAAAAUGCAAAAAAUAUAUGUAGAACUAGUUGUUACAAUCACAAAAAUGAAAAAUAUAUAUAAAAACUGUACAAUAAAUAACGUUGAUUGACUGAAAUACUAAGUCAAUAAUUGGGGAUCAUGUUGUAGGUCAAAGAACGGUAUAUAAAAUAACAGAAAAAAAAAAAUAUAUGUAAAAAAACAAUAAAUAUUUUGUUAAACAA